CCCCUUUUUUUCCAUAUGAAAACAGCCAUUGAAUUGAGGGCUUAGUGGAUUCUUUCCUCUAUAAUUCGCCCUCUUUUUAUAUUUUUUGUUUCUCUUUCUAAACGACAUAAACACAAACUCAAGGGUUUGUCGAAUUUCCAGCUCUUUGAUUAGUUCCAUGGAUUUUGAGCAAUAUUAUACUCAGGAAUGGAGGGCCAUCCCCGGUGCUUCAAGAAUCGAGAAUUUGAGUGGUAACUUUGACUGCAAUAUCUGCUUAGACUUCGCACACGAACCGAUUGUUACACUCUGUGGCCACCUCUACUGCUGGCCUUGCAUCUAUAAGUGGCUUCAUGUCCAGAGUGCCUCCCUUGAUCAAGAUGAGCAUCCACAGUGUCCAGUUUGCAAAGCUGAUAUAUCCCACACCACCAUGGUUCCCCUUUACGGUCGUGGCCAAUCUGAAUCCGAGUUUCGAGGCAAAUCACUUUAUGGGGGUAUGGUGAUACCCCCUAGACCACCUGCUUGCGGUACACAGCCUUUUUUAUCACCUACAUCCCCAAACAGUCGGCAGCUUCCUUAUCGCAACCCUUAUCAAAAUCAAAACUACAACCCCCAUGCUUACAAUGAAGAUGAUCCAUCUUCACCGUUGCUUAACGUUGGGGGCAGAUUCCAUCACCCCCUUGUUGGGUUGUUUGGAGACAUGGUAUAUGCAAGGGUGUUUGGAAACUCGGAAAGCAUAUACGCAUAUCCGAACUCACAUCUGGUAACAGGAAGUAGUAGCAGCCCCAGGUUGAGAAGACAUGAGAUGCAGGCUGACAGGUCACUAAACAGAAUUUCAAUCUUCCUCUUCUGUUGUUUCCUUUUGUGCCUGAUUGUAUUUUGAGCUUCUUAUAUUUGCCAGUCCUUUUCUGUAUAAAUUGUAAAGAAUCAAGAUGUAAGCUUGUGGUAUAGCCGCUUAGGCAAAUGAGAUCAUACUGUAUGAUAUGCUAUAAUAUAAUAUCAGAGUUUAUCUGAAAAUUGUCAUUUUUUUA